AGUGCAACACAAAGUAGCUCCUUUCAUACGUCGUGGGUCUGAAGUAUUCAUGUAAAUAUACUACGUGCCUUUUUGUCAUCAUAUGCUUACACGAAUACGUUUAGAAUGAAGUACGUAUGAAUUACACGAUUAGUGAAGUUGAAGCAAGAAUAGAAAUGGAAGGACACGAGGAAGAUGAUUUAGAAGAAUUGAAUUCAACUGUUUGUACGCUUCCGCCGAAUGUACAAAAUGUAAUCGAACAGGUCCUGCCCAGUACAGAUCCAUUGGAUCAACCAAACUUUAAUGUGGUAGACUACAUAAAUUCAUUGUUUCCAUCAGAACAGUCUCUCUCAAAUAUCGAUGAUGUAGUAAAUAAAAUGGAAUCAAAAAUACGUACAAUUGACAAAGAGAUUCGUUCAGUGGUACGUGGCCAGACAAAUGUAGGUCAAGAUGGAAGAGCUGCGCUAGAAGAUGCACAGAAAGUAAUAAAACAAUUAUUUGUGCACAUUAAAGAUAUAAAAGAUAAAGCAGAGCAAUCAGAGGAAGUAGUUAAAGAAAUAACAAGGGACAUUAAACAAUUGGAUUUUGCUAAAAGAAAUCUUACUGCUUCCAUAACUGCUUUAAAUCAUUUGCACAUGCUCGUGGAAGGUGUAGAUACUUUAAAGGUAUUAACACAAAAGAAGCAAUACGGUGAAAUUAUUUUACCACUACAAGCUGUGAUGGAAGUAAUGCAACACUUUAAUAGCUACAUGGAUAUACCUCAAGUGAAACAGUUAUCUGAAGAAGUGCAUCAAGUGCAUGUUGAACUGGCCCAACAAAUUACAGCAGAUUUUAAACAAGCAUUUUCUGGUCAAAACCCUAAAUAUUUCAAUCAACUUACAGAAGGCUGUUUAGUAUUAUCUGUAUUGGAUCCUAAAGUGAAGAAGGAUCUUCUCACCUGGUUUGUAGGUAUUCAAUUACAAGAGUACGCGCAUUUAUUUGAAGAAAAUCAAGAUUUCGCGUGGUUGGAUAAAAUAGAUCGGCGCUAUGCAUGGAUAAAAAAGCAUUUAGUUGAUUUUGAAUCUAAAUUUGGAUCGAUCUUCCCACAAGAUUGGGAGAUUUCAGAACGAAUUGCUGUACAAUUCUGUAAUGUUACACGAGAAGAUCUAGCUAAAUUAAUGUAUAAACGACGCGCCGAAAUAGACGUGAAACUACUGCUUUAUGCGAUUCAAAGAACAAGUAAUUUUGAGUCACUGUUAGCGAAAAGAUUCACGGGUAUUACUUUACAAAAUUUCGAAACAGAGAAUACAAAAGUUACUGUCAAUACAGACACUACAGAUAAAGUUCCAGGCAAUCCGUUUGAAGAAAAUGAACAGGUACCAGCUGAGAAACCAAAACCAUCGCCAUUUUCAAAUCUCAUAGGGAGAUGUUUUGAACCAUAUCUAAACAUUUAUAUAGAGAGUUUAGAUCGUAAUUUAUCAGAUCUAAUGGAUAAAUUUGUAUCAGAUUCUAAAACACAACCACCUGGUGCUAAAGAUUUUGAUGGAAUCGAGGGUCCUAGUAGUGUGUUAUCUUCAUGCGCAGAUCUGUUUGUAUUUUAUAAAAAGUGCAUGUUGCAGUGUACACAGCUUAGCACUGGUUCAAUUAUGUUAAAUUUAGCUGAAACAUUUCAAAAGUACCUACGAGAAUAUGCUCUUAAAAUACUGCAAAAUAAUUUACCAAAAAUUGGGGGUAGUGCGGGAAUUGCUACAAGUAUGAGUAGUAUAACACGUGACUUUCGAGAUCUGUCGACUUCCGGUUUUAUACAAAAUUUUCAAAGUUUUUUAAAAGAGGGUGAAAGUACUAGAUUUAGCAAAGAAGAACAAUCACGUAUAUGCUGCAUAUUAACAACAGCUGAAUAUUGCUUAGAAACAACACAGCAAUUGGAAGAAAAACUUCGAGAAAAGACGGAUAAAUGUUAUGCUGAAAAAAUUAAUUUAUCUCAGGAACAAGACAUUUUUCACAAUGUCAUAUCAAAUUGUAUUCAAUUGCUUGUUCAAGAUCUGGAAUCCGCGUGUGAAUCAGCAUUAACUGCAAUGACAAAAGUUCAGUGGAGUGCCAUAGAAGUUGUUGGUGACCAAAGUAAUUAUGUUAACACUAUCGUGGCACAUCUACGACAAACAAUACCUACUAUCAGAGAUAGAUUAUCCUCGUGCAGGAAGUACUUUACUCAACUCUGCGUGAAAUUUGCUAGCUCUUUUAUCGUAAAACUAGUACAACAAUUGUAUAAAUGCAAACCUUUAAAUACAGUGGGUGCUGAACAAUUAUUGUUGGAUGUACACAUGUUGAAGACUGCUCUCUUAGAUCUUCCAUCAACAGGUUAUCAAGUUCAAAGAAAAGCUCCGGCGACGUAUACUAAGGUAGUAGUUAAAGGAAUGGCAAGUGCUGAAAUGAUUCUCAAAAUCGUAAUGUCGCCUAUUGAAUCUCCAAAAGAUUUUGUGAAACAGUGUAGGAUGCGUUUACCAGAUUUACAAGCACCAGAAUUUCAGAAAAUUUUAGAUAUGAAGGGCUUGAAGAAAACUGAACAAGUGUUACUCUUGGAACAAUUCAAGCAACCCGACAAUAUUGAUGUUUUACACGACACUAGGAGUCAUAUUAUUCAAGACAGCCCAGAACACGAAGCUGGGCGAAUUAAAAGACUAGAAAAAUUAAUAAAGAAAAGGAUAUGAACGUAUUUCUUAGUAAAACUUAUAUUGUACUGUACAUACUCAAUUUAAAUAUAUCUAUAUAAAAUUUAAAUACUUGAAUUACAUACAUAAUUUAUGUACCCAUUUGUCUUGCGAAGCUCGAUGAUGUACACUAGAUUCUUACACUU